GUUGGCCUUGUAAUCUCUCUUGCUAUUGUUUUCACUUUACCAGAGCUCCUCUCAAGGCGGCCGGCCGUGCACCCGCCGCCGCCUCCCUCUCGUGCACCGUACUCCUGCGUUUCCUCGACGGCAACGACAUCAAUGGCGGCACGGCAGUGACCGUUCAAGCGGCGGCACUCGGCCACUGCCUGCUAAGUGGCGGCGACGUCGGCGAUAACCGCGCGCGAUAUUUUGCCUAAACCUUUGGGCUACUUCUUGGUGACGCUUGUUCUGGAGUGAGUCUCUCUAGAGAGACAUGGGCUCCCUAAACGACAUUGGUGUUGCCGCAGGAAUAAACAUAUUAUCCGCAGUGGGCUUUCUUCUCGUGUUCGCAGUUGUUAGGAUACAACCUAUUAAUGAUCGGGUAUACUUUCCAAAAUGGUACCUUAAAGGGACAAGAAGCAGCCCAAGGCACAUCGGAAAUGUCUUGUCAAAAUUUGUGAAUGCUGAUGUGUCAACAUAUCUUCGGUUUCUCAACUGGAUGCCCGCCGCGCUGAAAAUGCCAGAACCUGAGUUAAUUGAGCAUGCAGGACUAGACUCUGCGGUAUAUGUCCGCAUCUAUCUUCUCGGUUUAAAAAUAUUUGUGCCAAUUACUGUGCUGGCAUUUGCUGUCCUAGUUCCUGUCAAUUGGACUAGUGCAACUUUAGGGGAUGAUGAAGAGGGUCUAAGUUAUGAUCAAAUUGACAAGCUUUCAAUAUCGAAUCUUGGUCCAGGUUCAAAAAGGUUUUGGGUACACAUUGGAAUGGCCUAUGUGUUUACCUUUUGGACAUUCUACGUGUUAUAUCAUGAAUAUAAGGUUAUAACAACUAUGAGAUUGCACUUUCUUGCCAAUCAAAAUCGUCGGCCCGACCAAUUCACGGUACUUGUGAGAAAUAUACCAGUUGACCCAGACGAAACAGUUGGUGAGCAUGUUGAGCACUUCUUUGCUGUGAAUCAUCGCGAGCAUUAUCUCAGCCACCAGGUUGCAUACAACGCAAACGCCCUUGCCAGUUUGGUUAAGAAGAAGAAAGGCUUGCAAAACUGGCUGGUCUACUACGAAAACCAGCACGCUAAGAACCCUGAAAAGGAGCUGACUAUUAAGACAGGACUGUGGGGUCUUUGGGGGGAAAAGGUGGAUGCAUUACAACACUACAAGACAACAAUCGAGGAGCUAUGUAAACAGGAGGAUGAGGAGAGGCAGAAGGUGAUUAGUGAUCCUAAGGCUAUAAUGCCAGCAGCAUUUGUGUCUUUCAAUAGUCAGUGGGGGGCUGCUGUUUGUGCACAAACACAGCAGACAAGUAACCCAACGGUGUGGUUAACUGAGUGGGCUCCGGAACCUCGGGAUGUUUACUGGCCUAAUCUCGCCAUCCCUUUUGUCGAGCUCUCGAUCAGGAGGCUUAUCAUGGCUGUUGCGCUCUUUUUCCUGACAUUUUUCUUCAUGGUCCCAAUUGCGCUCGUCCAAUCCGUGGCCAAUCUCGACGAUAUUGAGCGGGUGCUUCCUUUCUUGAAACCUAUAAUAGAGAGAAAUGGUCCAAGGUCAGUCAUACAAGGUUUCUUGCCAGGAAUCGCAUUGAAAAUCUUCCUUAUAUUUCUGCCAACAAUUCUCAUGGCCAUGAGCAAGAUUGAAGGCCACGUAUCACUCUCUGGAUUGGAGAGGAAGACAGCAUCAAAAUACUUCCUGUUUAUUUUCGUCAACGUAUUCUUGGGAAGUGUAGUAGCUGGAACAGCGUUCCAGCAGCUGAACAGUUUUAUCCAUCAAUCCACUAACAAAAUUCCAGAGACCAUUGGAGAAUCCAUUCCCAUGAAAGCAACUUUUUUCAUCACCUACAUUAUGGUGGAUGGAUGGGCAGGCAUUGCCGCUGAGGUUCUUAGGUUGAAGCCGUUGAUCAUGUUCCACAUAAAGAACACAUUCUUGGUCAGAACCGAGCAAGAUCGCGAGCAGGCCAUGGACCCUGGGAGCUUGGAGUUUGGCAGCACCGAACCGCGAAUACAGCUCUACUUCCUCCUAGGGCUUGUAUAUGCUGUUGUGACACCCAUCAUUCUUCCUUUCAUCAUAGUCUUCUUCGGCCUGGCCUAUCUUGUUUUCAGACACCAGAUCAUCAAUGUCUAUAACCAGCAAUACGAGAGCGGCGCGCAAUUCUGGCCAGACGUACACGGACGAAUCGUCACCGCAUUAGUCAUAUCGCAGAUCCUGCUGAUAGGACUGCUGAGCACACAGGAAGCAGACCAGUCCACUGUCGCCCUUCUUCCUCUUCCUGUCCUGACCAUAUGGUUCCACUACGUCUGCAAGGGCCGGUUCGAGCCGGCAUACAUAAAAUUCCCCUUGCAGGAGGCCAUGGUGAAGGACACGCUGCAACGGGCAAACGACCCGAUGCUGAACCUGAGAGAGUACCUCAAGGACGCAUACGUGCACCCCGUCUUCCGCAGCGGUGACAUCUAUGAGCUCUUGGCCAUGGAUGAAGAGGAGAACCCCCACCUUGUCGCGACCAAGCGGCGGUCUCGGAUGACCACGCCGGUGGACAGCAAGUUCAGUUCCAGCUCUGGCACCAACGAAGGAGAGUUCAGCCGGCCGCGUCCUAGCUGACAAUGAAAUGGGAGCAGGCGAUGUCGAGUAAACUUGAUCGGCAUCUGCACUGCACCAGUGCAUUACCAUGUGUGGACGACGUCGAUGGAAUUGUACAUUUGGAGAUGUUAGAGCAUCUCCAACGGCACACAAAAAGAAUGACUACCUAAAUCCAGUUUUAGGAGUGAAGAGAGAAGAUUUAGGUAGCAAUUUUUUUUUCUGUUUUUUAUAGCGGACCUAAAAAGAGUAGGGCGUUUUGGAGCUCGGCCUCCAUGGAGGCCGGAUUUUUUGAAAAAUUCAAAAUUCACACUUUUCGGUUUCAAAAAAAUCUGAAAAAAAUCAUACAAGUAAA